GGCGGCGGGCCCGCGGCACGGGGAUGGGCGCUGCUGGCCCGCGGGGUCCCGGCGGAGGGGACUCGGCCCCGACGGCCUCUUCCGUGCUCUCCCCUCCGCCGGCCGCCCCCCAGCCCCGCCGGACCCCCCCGCACUCCCCUUGGGGCCCGGCUCCCCCCGGCGCUCCGGCCUUUCCCCGGCUCGCCCCGUGGCCCCCGUGCAACGCGGACACGCUGCUCCGUGUCCCAGCCGCCCGGGCCCCCCUGGAUCCGGUCCUGGCGGCACCGGCUACCCCUCUUGUGGUGUAGCCGUCCUGGUUUUGUUAAAAACAAGACCAGUUCUCUUUUACCGAUUUUUUCCUUUCAGCUAUAUUCCUCUAGGUGGCUCUACUUUUCUGGGGUUUUGCCUGCAUGUUUUUCCUCGGAUGCUGCACUCGGUGCUGAUAAGAGACCAACAGAGCGCUGAGGAAGCUCUUGUUUGCAGUUGUUGCUAUGACAGCCAAGAAAAACUGAUAAGUUUUCACACGUUCCGUUGUGAGAGGGGUGUGUUCAGAGAGGGGUGGAUGGAACAGGUGACUUAAAUUGUCCAAUUGACUAUUCCAUCCCAUAAUCGUCAUACCCCCUAUAUAAGAGGGUGAUGACGAGGGUCUAUCGUCUCUUUGAUCAUGGUCGGCACCUAAAGAGGACCUUGUCUGUCUGUCUGAGGUUCUACAGGGCUCAGGCCCUGCAUCCCUGCAACCAGUUUCUGGUUUGCCUGAGACUUUUGGGCACUGGAGCUGCAGCUGCUGGAGCCGUCAGCUCCGCACACCCAGCUCUGCCGCUGUUGGAGUGAUGCCAGCUCCACAUUGAGCAUUCAAGAUUGGUUUUGUAUACUUUGGACCAUCUGUCCUGGCUGUGCUGGUGCGGCUGGUGACGGGACAGGCACCUCGUGUGGAAUCCGGAGCAUCCCGCCUCCCUCUUCCCGGAUCAAUACCUGCACGGGACUCCAUCUCCGCGCCAAGAGCAGCGACGCGCCGGGCUCCAGGCUGCUGCGGCAAGAUGUCGGUGACGUUUGAGGACGUGGCGCUCUACUUCUCCCCUGAGGAGUGGGCAAAGCUGUCGGGCUGGCAGCGGGAGCUCUACCGGGAGGUGAUGCUGGAGAACUACCAGAUGGUCGCCUCACUGGGCUGGGCCACCGUCAAACCUGAGAUCAUCUGCAAGAUGGAGCGAGAAGAGACACCGUGUGUGUUGGACCCCCCUGGGGAGCAGCAGAUGCACCAGAGCCCUGUGCCAGCAGCCGUCAGCCCUGGGAUGCAGAGGGAGACCGAGCGUGUUCCUGAGGGGCUGCCAGAACCCACCGCCCUGCUCCCGGGGAUGCCAAACCCUGACGUGAGGUGUCAGGGGGGCUCAGCCUGCAGACAGCCAGGCGGGAGCCAGGGGGUCUGGUUGUGGCUCCCUCAUCAGUCCUCCCUCCCAGAACCCCAGCCAUUGGAGAAGAGCCGUCUGACAUGCCCCGAGUGCAACAAGAGCUUCAAAAACCAGAUGUCGCUGGAUGUCCAUGUGCGGAGCCACAUGCGUGAGCGUCCCUUCCACUGCACUGUCUGUGGCAAGAGCUUCAUCUACAAGCAGCACCUGCUGAAUCACCAGCGUGUGCACAAUGGUGAGAAGCCCUUUGGCUAUGGUGUCUGCGGCAAGAGCUUCAAAGAGAAGUCGACCCUCAUCAACCUCCAGCCCAUCCACACCAGGGAGAAGACAUUCCGCUGCAUUGACUGUGGCAUCAGCUUCAGGGAUAAGGCGAACCUCAUGGUCCACCAGCGUAUCCACACAGGUGAGAGGCCCUUCGCCUGCACCGAUUGUGGCAAGAGGUUCAUCCGGAGGGACCACCUCCUGCGUCACCAGCACAUCCACACUGGGGAGAAGCCCUUCACCUGCACCGACUGCAGCAAGAGCUUCAGGUCAAAGUCAAAUCUCAUCAUCCACCAGCGCAUCCACACAGGGGAGACGCCCUUCACCUGCACUGACUGUGGCAAGAGCUUCAGAGCAAAGGAGACCCUCAUCAUCCACCAACACAUCCACAGUGGAGAGAAGCCCUUUGCAUGCACCAACUGUGACAAGCGGUUUGUCCGGAGGCACCACCUGUUGAAUCACCAGCUCAGCCACACAGGGGAGAAGCCCUUCACCUGCACGAACUGUGGCAAGAACUUCAGGGGGAAGAAGAGCCUCAUCAACCACCAGCGCAUCCACACAGGGGAGACGCCCUUCACCUGCACCAACUGUGGCAAGAGCUUCACGGCAAAGGAGACCCUCAUCAUCCACCAACACAUCCACAGUGGAGAGAAGCCCUUUGCAUGCCCCAGCUGUGACAAGCGGUUUGUCCAGAAGCACCACCUGUUGAAUCACCAGCUCAGCCACACAGGGGAGAAGCCCUUCACCUGCACGAACUGUGGCAAGAACUUCAGGGGGAAGAAGAGCCUCAUCAUCCACCAGCGCAUCCACACAGGGGAGACGCCCUUCACUUGCACCUAUUGUGGCAAGAACUUCAGGGCAAAGGAGACCCUCAUCAUCCACCAGCGCAUCCACAGUGGAGAGAAGCCCUUUGCAUGCACCAGCUGUGACAAGCGGUUUAUCCAGAGGCACCACCUGUUGAAUCACCAGCUCAGCCACACAGGGGAGAAGCCCUUCACCUGCACGAACUGUGGCAAGAACUUCAGGGGGAAGAAGAGCCUCAUCAUCCACCAGCGCAUCCACACAGGGGAGAGGCCCUUCACUUGCACCUAUUGUGGCAAGAACUUCAGGGCAAAGGAGACCCUCAUCAUCCACCAGCGCAUCCACACUGGGGAGAGGCCUUUCACCUGCACCAACUGUGGCAAGAGCUUCAGGGCAAAGUCAAACCUCAACAAUCACCAGCGCAUCCACACUGCAGGGAAGCCCUUCACCUGCACCAGAUGUGGCAAGAGCUUCAGGGCAGAGGAGACCCUCAUCACCCACCAGCUCAUCCACACUGGGGAGAAGCCUUUUGCGUGCACCGACUGUGGCAAUCGAUUUAUCCAAAGGACAAGCCUGCUGAAGCACCAGCGCAUCCACACUGGGGAGAAGCCGUUCACCUGCACCGACUGUGGCAAGAGCUUCAGUGAGAAGAAGAGCUUCAUCAUCCAUCAGCGCAUCCACACUGGGGAGAAGCCCUUUGCCUGCACUGACUGUGGCAAGAGCUUCAGUGAGAAGAAGAGACUCAUCACCCACCAGCGCAUCCACACUGGGGAGAAGCCCUUCACCUGCAGUGACUGUGGCAAGAGCUUCAGGGAGAAGAAGAGCUUCAUCAUCCACCAGCUCAUCCACACUGGGGAGAAGCCCUUUGCCUGCACUGACUGUGGCAAGAGCUUCAGGGAGAAGAAGAGCCUCAUCAUCCACCAGCGCAUCCAUACUGGGGAGAAGCCCUUCACCUGCAGUGACUGUGGCAAGAGCUUCAGGGAGAAGAAGAGCUUCAUCAUCCACCAGCUCAUCCACACUGGGGAGAAGCCCUUUGCCUGCACUGACUGUGGCAAGAGCUUCAGGGAGAAGAAGAGCCUCAACAUCCACCAGCGCAUCCAUACUGGGGAGAAGCCCUUCACCUGCAGUGACUGUGGCAAGAGCUUCAGGGAGAAGAAGAGCCUCAUCAUCCACCAGCGCACUCACUCUGGGGAGAAGCCCUUUGCCUGCAGUGACUGUGGCAAGAGCUUCAGGGAGAAGAAGAACCUUGUAGUCCACCAGCGCAUCCACACUGGGGAGAAGCCCUUUGCUUGUACUCUCUGCGGCAAGAGAUUUGUCCAAAGGGUAAGCCUGAGGAUUCACCAGCGUAUCCACACUGGAGAGAAGCCCUUUGCCUGCACGGACUGCGGCAAGAGCUUCACGAUGAAGACGACCCUCAGAAUCCAUGAGUGCAUCCACACUGGGGAGAAGCCCUUUGCCUGCACCGACUGUGGCAGGAGCUUCAGGGAGAAGAAGAGCUUCAUCAUCCACCAGCGCAUCCACACUGGGGAGAAGCCCUUCACCUGCACUGACUGUGGCAGGAGCUUCAGGGAGAAGAAGAGCCUCCUCAUCCACCAGCGCACUCACACCAGGGAGAAGCCCUUCACCUGCACCGAGUGCGGUAAGAGCUUCAGGCAGAAGCAGUACCUGAAGAGACACCAGUGUGUGCUGAAGGACCCAGAUAUUGUGCUGGAGGGUGUCCAGCAGAAGAGGGAGGGUCCUUCCCCAGCAGGGGGGCAGGCAGAGGCCAAGCCCUUCCAGUGCGGUGUCUGCGAGAAGCAGUUUUGGAAGGAGAGGCUCAUGCUGGCUCACCAGCGCACCCACGGCACCCCCAGCCUGCAGCCGCCUCCGCAGCCCGGCACCCCCUGAAUCUGCUGCUGAGGGGCCCGUGGGGUGCUGGGGGCUGGUGUGGGGUGGCUGUGGGGGCAUGUCCUGUUUUUUGCAGGGAUAGUGUUAAUUUUUUUCCAAGUAUCUGAUGUAGUGCUGUUUUUUGGAUUGAGAUUGAGAAGAAUGUUGCAAAUACCUGGAUGUUUUAGUGGUAGUUGAGCCGUCAAGGAUUUUUCAUCUUCUGGUGCCCUGACAGCUGGGAGGGGGCACAGCCGGGACAGCUGAAACAAAGUGGCCAAAGGUGCUGUUCCUUACCAUAUGACGUCACGCUCAGUAUAGAAGCAGGGGGAACGGAAGUGGGGAGAUGACAGCUCAUGGAUGGGCUGGAUAUCGGUCAGUGGGUGGUGAGCAACUGCAUUGUGCGUCACUUGUUUUGUGUAUUUUCACAUCAUCAUUGUCAUCAUUCCUUUCCUCUUCUAUCCUAUGAAACUGUCUUCAUCUCAGCGCAUGAGUUUUACACAGAUCACUGGAUCAGCCCAAUUUAAGUUUUGUAUCAGUCAUUUAGCUUAAAGAAAUACAUUUUAAAUAGAAUGUAUCACUUAGAAUAGUAAGAUUUUGUGAUCUCCGGUAUACUUUCUGCUUUGCAUUACUUAGUAGCAAAAUUUGCUGGAACCUUAAACUGUGCCUUGUAAAGUUGUCAUGGUUUAGUUGCAGGUUAUAUGGAAGUGUGCUUUUUAUGAGCAUAAGGGGUAAUAGCGCAGGCCAGUGAGAAUGAUAUCCCAGGUUGGGACACUGCCCCCGCAUAUAUGAUGUGUGAGUGUUAGGCCUGGACCUAUGGAAUAAUAUUUUUGGAAAAAAAACCCACAUCCUGUCUAACCUCUUGGUCCAGCCCCAUAUCUGUAAACCUAUAAAUGGAGAACUGUUAAUAAAACUCAGUUCAGCCUGGCUCAGCUCUGCUCUCGCUGCUGAAAAGAA